AUUAUCACAAUUAAAAAUUUAUAGAAUGAUUUCUAAAAUUCCUCUUAGGUUAUUAAGAACCCUGAAACCAAUGAAUGUUUAAAGAGUAUUAGCUCCAUUUUGCACCUAAUUGGAGAAGAUCAAUAAAAGUAAUGAGUCUAUAAACCUAAAAGGUGGAUAAAAAUUAGUGAAGAUAGUUGAGAAAGAAUUAAAAUUUGAGAAAUCAAAUUAUGUAGAGGAUGAAUCUGUUACUGAUUUCAUAGAUAAGGCAGGUUUUAAAUUAGUUGAUGAGGAGAACUCUCAUGAAGUAACAUUAGAGAAAAAAGUUGGAGAUAUUAGAGUUGUUGUCUAAUUUUAAUCAAGACAACCUAAUCCAGAUGAAGAAGGUGAGGAAGAAUAAGAAUAAGAGAAAUAAAAUUAAGAAUAAGAAGGAGAAGAAUCAUAAACUUCAAAUGAUUAUGCUGACUUUACUGUGUAUCUCUAAAAAGCAAAUGGAUAAAUCUUAUGCUAUGAAUGUACAACAUCAUAAGGAGAUGUAUAAAUAAUUAUAUUCAAUUAGGUUAAUGUUAAUUUAGUCAGUUUGAUUAAAGAUUUAGAAAGCCAUAUGAAAAUUCCAAGAUUUGAGAGAGGAUUGUAAGAUUAUAGUGGUCCAGAUUUCAUCACAUUAGAUGAGGUAUUUAUAAUUACUAUAAAUUAGAGAUUGUAAUAAGCUAUGGUGGAUUAUUUGAAAGGAUUUGGAAUUAAUAAUUAAUUGGGUGCAUUCAUUGAACAUUACUCAUUAGACAAAGAAUAAAGAUUGUAUAUCAAAUGGCUAGAUUCAUUGUAAACUUUUCUAAAGAAUUGAACAAGUUAUUCAUUCAUAAUUGUAUAUUAAU